AUGGCUGCCACCAUGGAAAUCAUGCGGGAACUGAAGUCCUUGGGAAAGAUGAAGGUAGAGGUGCCCACCAACCACUGGUCCAGUGCCGAGUUCAAGAGGCGGCAGAAGCAGAUCCUGGACGAGAUAUUCCUCUGCCUGAUGAGAGGCCUGGUGGAUGGAUGCUACGAUGAGAACGGAUUGAACGCCCUUCACCUCAGCUCCAAAGAGGGCCAUCUGAACAUCGUCAAGGAGCUGUUGAAGAGAGGCGCCAAUGUGGAUGCUGCCACUAAGAAAGGAAACACUGCCCUUCACAUUGCGUCAUUGGCUGGCCAGCAGCCCAUUGUGGAAGCCUUGGUGGAGCACGGCGCCAAUGUCAACGUACAGUCACAGAUUCGUAAAGACCAGCCAAGACGCCACGGUGUACAGGUGAGUUAUUGGGAGAUGUUCACCAACUAG